AGCGGGCGCAUGCGCAGCUCUUCAACGGCGAGGCUUGCGGGAAAGAUGGAGUGUUCUACGCCUGGUACUACGGAGGCUGCGGACCCUGGAGGGGCCGGACCGUACAAGAGCUCCGAGGAGCAAGAGGGUCGGGAACCGGACGGAGUGCACUUCGACCGCGAGAGGGCGCGCCGCCUGUUGGAAGCGGUGUCCGGUGCUCAGCCGGCAGGGAGGGAGGAAGUGGAGCACAUGAUCCAGAAGAACCAGUGUCUCUUCACCAGCACCCAGUGUAAAGUUUGCUGUGCCAUGCUGAUUUCUGAGUCCCAGAAGCUGUCACAUUACCAGAGCAAAAAACAUGCCAACAAAGUGAAGAGCUACCUAGCAAUCCAUGGAAUGGAGACACUAAAAGGGGACGUGAAGAGGUUAGACUCAGAUCAGAAGAGCAGCAGAAGCAAAGACAAGAACCACUGCUGCCCCAUCUGUAACAUGACCUUUUCCUCCCCUGUUGUGGCACAGUCGCACUACCUGGGGAAGACCCACGCAAAGAACUUAAAGCUGAAGCAGCAGUCCACUAAGGGGGCAGCUCUGUCGAAACACCUUACAAAUCCUUUCCUUGUGGCCUCCACCUUAGCCUUGCACCAGAAUAGAGAGAUGCUAGACCCAGACAAGUUCUGCAGCCUCUGCCAUUCAACCUUCAACAACCCUGUCAUGGCUCAACAACAUUAUAUGGGCAAGAAACACAGGAAGCAGGAGACUAAGCUCAGACUCAUGGCACACUAUGGGCGACUGGCAGACCCUGCUGUCUCUGACUUACCAGCUGGGAAGGGCUAUCCCUGUAAGACGUGUAAGAUAGUGCUGAACUCCAUAGAACAGUACCAAGCUCACGUCAGUGGCUUCAAACACAAGAACCAGUCACCCAAAACAGUGGUGUCACCUAUGAGCCAGAUGCCAGAGCAAACGCAGCCCACUCCAAAGGACUCGAGUGUGGUGGAAGACUAGAGAUGUCUCUGCCUGGUCAGCCACAAGCCAGUUCCCGGUGAUUGUGGAGCCAGCCCUUGGCUCCCUCUUCCUCCUUUCUGAUAUCAGAAGAAUAUGGAGGCAUGAGGCCAAAUUGGGUUGCAGACAGCCUCUGACUGGGCCCGGAUGGAGCUCCCCCUGGCCUCCUCUUUAGCAUGACCCUACAGGUCAUGUAGGAGACAGGGCUCCAGAGAAGACCUGAGGUGGUGGUUUAGAGGUUAGCCUUCCCUAGCCCCUCUGGGUGCAUAUCCUGCAGCCCCAGUAUCUGUUUUUCCGCUCAAGGUCAGUGUGGAGCAACUUCCUGCAGACAGAGGAGAGCACCAUCUCUGGGCUCCAAGCAGCUCCUGGGACACGAGCUUUCCUGAAGUCUUCGUCAGGGGAGCAAACCAGAGACUGAGUGGCUGUCAUGUAGAGAGUUGGAGCUAAUGUGUCACUUCCCAUCCCUCAGAUGUGCAGGCUUGCCUGGUGUAGAUCCUGCUGCCGUGAAGUCUCCUGGAACACACGUGUAGUCCUAACAGCACUGCCAUCUGCUGCCUGUCUCUCCAGUUCCCAAAUGGUGCUCGGAGACAUCUGCAUUUGCUCAGAGCUUGGGGAGACCUGAGUGCCCUGUGGGGUCAUGGGAUGCAUCAAAGGGAGCCUUUGUCAUUUAUCAGAGGUGCUGUGACCCAGGGUUGUGUGAGAAAGUCUCCCACCCGCUGUGUUCCUUGACUCUGUGCCUCCUGCCAGCCUAUUGGAAGGCUGCUUGGUGUUCAUUCUGUGCCCUGUGUAGUAGACUAUCCCGCCCGGUUGCUGUGGUGCUAUCCUUCCCUGUCUUCAGGGAGUUUUGGGGGACCCAGGAAGAAGGAGGACUGGAGAAAUGGUGUGAGGAACCGGCCCCAGGCCCUGAACUGAGAGUUCCCUACUGGUGUUCUGUGGCCUGAGAAUCCACUGAGAGUAGAUUUUUUUUUUUUUUUCCACAUAGCUGUGGACCAAGGAAGUUGGGUACCAUAUAGCGAUGGGGGCAGGACUUUAACUUAAACCUUUGGCCACUCAACCCUCCAAAUAAAGAAUUUCUUCUGUGAA